UUAAAGGCGAAUUUGAUGAGAAGAGAGCAAGCUAGCUAGCUAGCUAGGCAUGGCAGUGGGAAUAGCCAUAGCAGCAAGUGAAGGCGUGGAGUACAAUGGCAGGAUCACAAGAUUUGUUGUGUUGUCUUGCAUGAUGGCCGCCAUGGGAGGGGUCAUCUUCGGCUACGACAUUGGAAUUUCAGGUGGAGUGACGUCAAUGGCCCCGUUUCUGAAGAAAUUCUUCCCGAAGGUGUACAAGAAGAUGGAAGACGACGCCAACGUCAGCAACUACUGCAAGUUCGACAGCCAGCUCUUAACCUCGUUCACGUCCUCCCUCUACGUCGCCGGCCUAUUCGCUUCCUUCUUCGCCUCGUCGGUGACCAAAGCCUUGGGCCGGAAACCCUCCAUAAUCAUCGGGGGAGCCGCUUUCCUCGCCGGUUCUGCCCUCGGCGGGGCUGCUGUAAGCGUCCUCAUGCUCAUCUUCGGCCGCAUCUUGCUGGGUAUUGGAGUCGGCUUCGCAAACCAGUCAGUGCCAUUGUAUCUUUCAGAAAUGGCUCCGGCGAGACACCGAGGAGCGAUCAGCAAUGGCUUCCAGUUGAGCGUCGGGAUCGGUGUUCUCUCGGCGAACCUCAUCAAUUACGGCACUGAAAAGAUAAAGGGCGGGUGGGGCUGGAGAAUCUCCCUCGCCAUGGCGGCUCUGCCGGCUUCAAUCCUAACCCUAGGAGCCCUCUUCCUCCCGGAAACGCCCAACAGCCUGAUCCAACGCAGCUCCGAUCACCGGAAGGCCAAGCUGAUGCUGCAAAGAAUCCGAGGCACGGAUGAUGUGCAGGCGGAGUUCGACGAUCUGAUAAAAGCAAGCGAAACAUCGAAAACCAUCAAGCAUCCGUUCAAGAGGAUUAUGCAAAGAAAGUACAGGCCUCAAUUGGUUAUGGCUGUAGCUAUACCGCUCUUUCAACAAGUCACCGGAAUCAACGUCAUCGCCUUCUAUGCUCCUCUUCUCUUCCGAACCAUCGGCCUAGGUGUAAGCGCUUCUCUAAUGUCAUCGGUUGUCACCGGAAUUGUGGGUUGCAGCUCAACUUUCAUAUCAAUGUUCAUAGUAGACAAGCUUGGAAGAAGAGCUCUGCUCAUAAUUGGGGGAAUCCAAAUGCUGAUUUCACAACUACUGGUUGGAGGGCUAUUGACAGCUCAGCUGGGUGACCAUGGAGGAGUGAGCAAAGGGUAUGCCAUUGUGGUUUUGAUUUUGAUUUCAAUUUAUGUUGCAGGGUUUGGCUGGUCAUGGGGGCCAUUGGGGUGGCUGAUCCCAAGUGAAAUUUUCCCUCUGGAGAUUCGAUCGGCAGGGCAGAGUAUCAAUGUGGCUGUGAACUUUCUCUUCACUUUCAUUGUUGCUCAGACCUUUCUGGCCAUGCUCUGCCACUUCAAGGCUGGGAUCUUCUUCUUCUUUGGAGGGUGGGUUCUGGUGAUGACUGUGUUUGUUUACUUGUUAUUGCCUGAGACUAAGAAUGUGCCUAUUGAGGUGAUGGAUAGAGUGUGGAGGGAACACUGGUUUUGGAAGAGAAUUGUGGGGGAAGAGUCUGAAGUGAAUGGAAAAGAGGAAACAUGAACUGAUAAAUCAAUCCAUUGUUUGUUGUUUAGCUGAUGAUUAAGCAAGCUAGAUUUGGAUUCCAAAGUCAUUGUAUGUUACUGGAAGAUGAAACAAUUGUUACAUCUUUAUCUAGCUUCUUUUUUCA